CUUGGCAUUUGGCAUGCGCAUAACAUUCCGAGGAAAGAAAACCAGCAGCGUUCAUCCUGUAGGUAUUAAAAUUGUAAACAUUAGCAACCCGGGGGACUUCUGCGUCGCUGGGAUGGAAAAUUGAGGUUGACCUGAAGGUGUUGGACCAAACAUUGAUCUUCAGUGCAUGGACGCAAAGCCAAUGCGCAGGGCCACCAGCGCACGCCAAGACGCCACUGGAAUGGACAUCACCAGCCGCUGCACUCUGGGGGACCCCAACAAGCUUCCUGAAGGGGUCCCCCAGCCUGCGCGCAUGCCCUACGUCUCGGACAAACACCCCCGGCAGACCCUGGAGGUGAUCAACCUGCUGAGAAAACACCGGGAGCUCUGUGACGUGGUGCUGGUGGUCGGCGCCAAGAAGAUUUACGCCCAUCGCGUGAUCCUCUCUGCGUGCAGCCCGUACUUCAGAGCGAUGUUCACCGGAGAGCUGGCAGAGAGUCGGCAGACUGAAGUGGUUAUCCGUGACAUCGAUGAGAGAGCCAUGGAGCUGCUCAUCGACUUUGCCUACACCUCACAGGUGACUGUAGAGGAGGGAAACGUCCAGACUCUGCUCCCUGCCGCCUGCCUCCUCCAGCUGGCUGAGAUCCAGGAGGCCUGCUGCGAGUUCCUCAAGAGACAGCUGGAUCCCUCCAACUGUCUGGGCAUCAGGGCCUUCGCAGACACGCACUCCUGCCGCGAGCUGCUCCGCAUUGCAGACAAGUUCACCCAGCACAAUUUUCAAGAGGUCAUGGAAAGUGAAGAGUUCAUGCUGCUGCCUGCCAACCAGUUGAUUGACAUCAUUUCCAGCGACGAGCUCAACGUGCGGAGUGAGGAGCAGGUUUUCAACGCCGUGAUGGCGUGGGUCAAAUACAGCAUCCAGGAACGCAGACCGCAGCUGCCCCAGGUCCUGCAGCAUGUCCGCCUGCCACUGCUCAGCCCGAAGUUCCUGGUGGGCACCGUCGGGUCGGAUCCGCUCAUUAAGAGUGACGAGGAGUGCAGAGACCUGGUGGAUGAAGCAAAGAAUUACCUGCUGCUGCCACAGGAGAGGCCAUUGAUGCAGGGCCCCAGAACUCGGCCAAGGAAACCCAUCCGCUGUGGAGAAGUUCUGUUUGCCGUUGGUGGUUGGUGCAGCGGGGACGCCAUUUCAAGCGUGGAGCGUUACGAUCCUCAAACCAACGAGUGGCGGAUGGUUGCCUCGAUGAGUAAGCGGCGGUGUGGAGUCGGCGUCAGUGUUCUGGAUGACCUGCUGUACGCUGUGGGAGGUCACGAUGGCUCGUCCUACCUCAACUCUGUGGAGAGAUACGAUCCUAAGACCAAUCAGUGGAGCAGCGAUGUGGCUCCCACCAGCACGUGUCGCACCAGCGUGGGAGUGGCUGUCCUCGGAGGUUAUCUGUACGCUGUCGGCGGACAAGACGGGGUUUCCUGUCUCAAUAUUGUAGAAAGAUAUGACCCUAAGGAGAACAAGUGGACCCGUGUGGCCUCCAUGAGCACCAGGAGACUGGGCGUGGCUGUGGCUGUGCUGGGGGGUUUCCUGUACGCCGUAGGAGGGUCUGAUGGGACGUCACCAUUAAACACAGUGGAACGCUACAACCCUCAAGAGAACCGCUGGCACACGGUGUCUCCCAUGGGAACCAGGAGGAAGCACCUCGGCUGUGCAGUCUACCAGGACAUGAUUUACUCUGUGGGAGGGAGAGAUGACACCACAGAGCUCAGCAGCGCGGAGCGAUACAACCCCAGGACCAAUCAGUGGUCUCCUGUCGUGGCCAUGACGUCCAGACGGAGCGGGGUGGGCCUGGCUGUGGUGAAUGGUCAGCUGAUGGCAGUGGGAGGAUUUGAUGGAACAACGUAUCUCAAAACUAUAGAAGUGUACGACCCUGAUGCCAACACAUGGAGGUUGUACGGAGGAAUGAACUAUCGCCGACUAGGUGGAGGAGUGGGCGUUAUUAAAAUGACUCACUGUGAAUCCCACAUAUGGUAACACUAACUCCCCACCCCACACACACACACACACACACACACACACACACACACAUGGUCAUACUUCUCGUCACACUGCGAUGGAUGCCUCACCAACUCUUGUGCCUCCAAAAAAGAGACACUGGGAUUCAUUCUGGGGAUGAGAAAGCAUGUUGGCGGGGGGGGGACGAGACGUUAAGUGGAACAAACGUUGAACUCUAGUUCAUCCCCAACUCCCCCCCCAUCAGGUCAUUAACUUUCACCCUGGUCGCCUACAUUGAUCGACCACGGUCGCCGUGAAGUCCACUGAGAGCAGGCGUCCAUCGAGUACCAACUGGACCAGACUCUCCUCCUUCUGUUACAUCUCCCGCAUUCUCAUCCUUCAAGCCUCUGCUCUGGAACAUUUGAUUUGACGCGUGUAAUUGCUGCGCUGCUGAAGGGGGAUCCUCUCGUGUCUGAGGUUCAAAGGCAUCAGAUAAUUAGAAGAAGGCGAUUCUCACUCUUUCGAGCAGUUCUAUCACCUUCGCUCUUACUUAAAAUGGUUAGUGAUCUCCCACCUUCAAUGAGUUAAAAAACAGGCUGCAGACAAGUCAUGUCUACAUCUACAUCACAUCCUGUGAGACUGUCGGAGGUAAACCCAGGCUCCCAUUUCUUUAGGCUUCUGAACACAUCCGAGCGGCUGCAGUUUUGUCUUUGGGCCUCAUGUUGUAGCAUUAACCAGUAGAGCUGUGUGUCUCUUCGGUCAAAAUAGAGCCAAAUAUACAGUAAUUUAUUUCACCAGUAAAGGGAGGUCACAACUAGGACCUGUAGAAGGAAAUCAUUGUAUUUUAUGUUGGUUAGAUUUGAGUUAUGACACAGAGAAGUCGACCCCUCAGUGUUAAAUUAAAUGUCCUCUCUGAUUUAUUUCUGGCUCCAGUGUUGCUUCCUUAAAGCCUCAGUGUUUCAUACAAACUCAAGUUGCCUUGUUUUAAAACGACUCCAUCUCCAGAACAAUAACUUUCUAUUUCAUUCCCUUCUUUGCUCAUACACACACCCAGUGAGUCCUCAGGAUCAGUGGGUGUGAUUGUUGUAUUCUCUGUUACAGCUUUACAUGUGAUCCAUCGUAAGGGGAAGUUAAGACCCUCAUCAAGCACUUAAUUUAAAGCAUGCUGAGACUUUAACUGUGUUUUUGUUUUUUUAUUGUCAACAAAUCUCUCUCGUCAGGUGAAAGACAAAAAAUGGACAAAGCUGUUCGCUCUUCAUUCAUACUCAAGUCUUUCAAUAUUUACAAACUCAAAAAUGUUGUCAAAUUUAAAAGUGUGCGUGCGUGCGUGCGUGCGUGCGUGCGUGCGUGCGUGCGUGCGUGUGUGUGUGUGCGUGCGCGCGUCUUGUCACACACACACUUGUCACCUGGUUCAUCAGUGUGGUUCAUUGAAGUUCUCUGAGUUCCUCUUCUCAGAAGGAUGUUAUCCAUCAGGCUUUGAUUAACACAUGUUCAUUGUUAGUAGACACUUUUUUGGGUUUGCACGUCAUGAGAAUUGUUGACAAUAACAAACAUCUAGAAUACCAUCUUACCCUUUGCAGGAUUUGAAGAACUUUAAAGAACAACAUAGUGUGUUUGUAGUCAAAGUCAAACAGUCACACAUGAGUAAGAAUAAGCACUGAACACUGGAGCCAGGGAUCGACUGAGGACACAAACAAACUCAGCCUCAUCUUUUCAGAACAAAGUGCAUUCGUUCAAGUAGAGCUAGCCGGCUAAGUCCAGAGGCUAGCUGCUUUAGCCCUCGAUGCAACUGAUGCAUUCAGUGUCACAUAGGAAAUGUGAUUAACCUUUGUAAAUAUUUUCUAUCAGAACUGAAGCGAUGUUUCAUAUUGAAGAAGCGGAUCACCUCUGGAUGGUAGAUUUAGGGAGCACAAAAGCCCCCCAGUUCAGUUUGGAAAUGUUCAUAGUAAGGACGUUGUUCUAGCCAGUGGGUGUUAGGAUAUCCAACGCUGUGUGGAGCGCUAUAACACCUGAAGAUUUAUUCUUUCUUUUUAUAAAGUUUAACAACAUCCGUGUUCAAAUAAACAUAACUGGAUUUCUGUUACAUGCUCCACACUUCCUCUUUCAAAGUCCUUCACAAAGUAAAUCACAUGCCACAGUAUUUAGAAACUACAAAUGAAUAUCCCUCAGUGGUCCAAAUGAAUCCAAACUCAUAACUGUGUACGUUAAUAAAAAAACGCCUCGUACUAGUCAGUAAGUCAGUGAUUGGUGUGUAUUGUUCUUGUUCUCACACUCUGGAGCUUUUCAGACACAGGUCCUCUUCUGUCUACUGAGUCAUCAUCAUAUGCAGCACAGUGUAACGGCACCCCCUGCUGGAGGACAGGCAGAGUGCAGCACUGAUACGGACAAUAAAAAGAGCCUCUCUCAGCAGAUUUCAAACAGGAGUGGAAACAGUCUGAGUAGAGGAUGAAAUGAAUGAAUCUUCUCAGAAUUGAUUGCACUGUGAUUGGAAAGGUAUUUACGAUUUUAGUUUUUUUUUUUUUCCUUCAUAAUUCUUUUUGUUUUGGGUUUUUUAACUUUCCAGGUAAACAAAAGCGUGUAAAUCUUCAGAGGUCAAUGUGGACAUUUUGACAUUUCACUGAGAAUGAGGAAGUCAUUUCAUGGACGCAUCACAACAAUGACUUGACCUGCUUUGUGUCACACACAGUUCAUCACGGUUGUGCACUUUAUAUAUUGUGUGUGGAGUGAAUGCAAAGACGGGGACAGCAAGGUGAUAACAAGGCUGCGUUAUUUAAACACAGCUGAGCGGGCAUGAUGGUCCUAACCGGGAUAUCGGUUCUGUCUGAUUGUGCAGUUAUGCAAAAUGUGUUGAAAAUGAAGAACAUGUCUUGGAACGUUUCAUUUCAUGCAGAUUUCUUUACAGAAAUUUCCUCAAACAAAUGUUUUGCUUAACACAAACCGAUGCAGUGCGGCCAACUGUGUUUGCUAUACUUCUAGAAAACUCUGCCAAGGAUAUGCCGCUAUGUUUCCACUGCCACAGAAACCCCACUCAGUUCAGGAGUCCGUACGUGUUAUUGCUCUGGUUUCAGACGAUCCCUGAUACUGUGAAAUGUUUUCUCCAAGCUCAGAUUUAAAAUCACUUUAAGCUUUUCUUUUUUUUUUUUUUACAAGAAUCAGAUGAUCCAAUGUGUGUUUGUUUUAUCUUAAAAAGGUGGGCACUUUAAACCUGCAGCUAAAAGCUCAAUUUCCCCCCCAAAAAAAAAAACUGUAAUCACCAAAUUUGGAGAUAUAUGGUUUGCAUUGGACGGUGAAAGAAACAUUCACAUGAAGACAUUUGAGGCAGAAAAACACAAACAAAUCGUCUCAAUCUGGGCUUUAGAAGUAUAACACACAAACAGCUUUGAUUUUACUAGAACUGAUGUUAGCAUUCUUAAAUGCUGUGACACUAACUCGCUAUCUCGCACUCCAUCAGUAAUACUGUAUUUGGCUCCCCAAACUGAGUGGCGUUUCUUUUUUAAAUGACGUACAGUAAGCUACUUCUGAUGCAUUGUGAUGAACAGAAAAGUCAGUUUGUUGCCGUCUCUUCAAACUUGUUUGGAGCGGCCUCUGUGCAAUCUGUCCAACACGGCUGUGAUCUCUCUGCUGUUUGUUUUCAUGUUUCAACCCGCAUCUCUCAGCAGCCGCUACAGAUCACCAUGUUCACCAUGACAACCAUUAAAGUUUUUCCCUGGAAAAGAAA